AUGUUGUUUCUUGUAUCCACAUGGUACACCGACAAAUCUGCACCACCCACACAGGACACCGACAAAUCUCCAUCACCCACACAGGACACCGACAAAUCAGCACCACCCACACAGGACACCGACAAAUCUGCACCACCCACACAGGACACCGACAAAUCUCCAUCACCCACACAGGACACCGACAAAUCUGCAUCACCCACACAGGACACCGACAAAUCUGCACCAACCACACAGGACACCGACAAAUCUGCAUCACCCACACAGGACAUCGCCAAGACUGCAUCACCCACACAGAACAUCAACAAAUCAACAUCACCCACACAGGACACCGACAAAUCUGCAUCACCCACACAGGACACCGACAAAUCUGCAUCACCCACACAGGACACCGACAAAUCUGCAUCACCCACACAGAACAUCAACAAAUCAACAUCACCCACACAGGACACCGACAAAUCUGCAUCACCCACACAGGACACCGACAAAUCUGCAUCAUCCACACAGGACAUCGCCAAGACUGCAUCACCCACACAGAACAUCAACAAAUCAAGAUCACCCACACAGGACACUGACAAAUCUGCAUCACCCACACAGGACACCGACAAAUAUGCACCACCCACACAGGACACCGACAAAUCCUCAUCACCCACACAGAACAUCAACAAAUCAACAUCACCCACACAGGACACCGACAAAUCUGCACCACCCACACAGGACACCGACAACUCUGCAUCACCCAUACAGGACACCGACAAAUCUGCAUCACCCAAACAGAACAUCAACAAAUCAACAUCACUCACACAGGACACCGACAAAUCUGCAUCACCCACACAGGACAUCAACAAAUCUCCACCACCCACACAGGACACCGACAAAUCUGCACCACCCACACAUAAUGUCCAAAAAUCUCCUGUGCUCCAAGACAAAGCCUCAUCAACCUUGCAGAACGAGAAACCUGCGGGAAACGUAGGUCCUUUCAAACGUAAGGGACUGAGAAACGAGGGGAAAAACAGAAUGACGAAGAUUUUCAGGAAGACAAAGAUCGCAAAAGCGGCAGAGGUAUUCGUCCGGAUCAUAUACAAGGUUGUGACAGAGACUGCGAAAUCGAUUGAGAGUGGCACUGACUGUUACGUGUAUCUGAGGGUGCACGGUGACAACAACGACCUUGAAGAACUUUCACCAGGACCAAAGACAUAG